UUUGACAAGAAAAGAAAGUGAGCUAUUUUCAGGUUACCUUUUCAUCAAAACGACAAAACGUUCAAAUCAAUUCAAGUGUUUUCUAUCCUUAUAAAACUCUACAAAAUCAUCUACCCGACAUCAGUUAAUAACACAUAACAAAAAUCAUCAACAAAACAGGAUGUUAGCGGGUGGACAUGGGGAUCCCAACCCCAAUACAACCUGGUUACAAAGUCGAGGAUUAUGGGUAACAUAUGCAAUAUUCAUGCUUACCCUACAUUUGAUUCUACUCAGUGUACCGAUUCUCUCCAUACCGGUUGCAUGGACUCUGACAAACUUGAUACAUAACAUUCUGCAUUUCAUAUUCCUGCAUAUACUGAAAGGAGCCCCUUGGAUCCCUCAGGACCAGGGAGAUUGUAGGACACUGACUCAUUGGGAACAGAUAGACUAUGGAAUACAAUUCACUUCUACAAGGCGAUUUCUAACGGCUGCUCCAAUUAUUCUGUUUCUGCUGACCUGUUUCUACACAAGGAAUGCCACCAAUCAUUUUAUUAUAAAUUUUAUAUCUUUGGUUGUGGUGGUUCUACCUAAAUUGCCACAGUUUCACAAAGUCCGACUUUUUGGUAUCAAUAAAUACUGAAAACUCUCUCCCAACAGAUGACAGUCGAAAAAGUAUUGUACAGUAUGCCAAACUACAUGGGAAGCAACUCUAUUGGUCUAUGUCUCUAAGGCCCGGUUGCGCAAAGCCGGUUAAAUUUUAACCGUGAUUAAUUUCAGGAGAACCAAUCAGAGAAGGCGUUUUAGAAAAGACGGCUUUUCUGGUUGGUUCUCGUAGAAUUGAUCACGAUUAAAAUUUAACCGGCUUUUGUGCAACCGUCACUAUGUCUCUUAAGCUGGCCAAUAACUGUAGAUCACACACUCACACACAUACACGUGUCAGCAUGCAUGCUUUAUCAUCAGCGAGGGGCUUCUAGCAUAAAAUGAACAACCAAAAAUUAAAUGAACCACUGGAAAAUUAAAUGAAAAAGACCAAGAAAUUGUCAAAAAACCACAGAUUUAUUGAUACUUAAAAAGACCGGUUUCGGUUAUUACACCAUUGUCAAUCUCUGAUAAACUCAGACUCUGUUGAUCAGAGAUUGACAAUGGUGUAAUAACCGAAACCGGUCUUUCUAAGUAUCAAUAAAUAUGUGGUUUUUUGACAAUUUCUUAGUCUUUUUCAUUUAAUAUGAAAUAUCGGGGACCGAGCUUCGCUCUGGAGUACAAAAGCAUGAACAAUUUAUUACAAAAGAAGAAAUUAUAAUAAUAUUCAUAGUUCAUACAGAAAUGUUCUAUCUAAUCACAGUGAAUUUAGAUUAAUUCCCAAAGGAAUGCAAAAAUUUCCCUCACAAAGGCCCGGUUGCACAAAAGCCGGUUAAAUUUGAAUCCUGAUUAAUUUCACGUGAACCAAAUCAGAGAAGACAAUUUCAAGAAGAUGGUUCUACUGGAAUCAAUCAGGACUGAAAAUAACCCGGCUUUUUUGCAACCGGCACUAAGUACCUGAUUUAAUGACAACAAAAGUUCACAGCUGAGUCAUAAUUUUGAUACUCCCACACACAUGAACUCGCUCACUCACUUCCAUCACCAACAGACGACGAAAUAAUUAUUAUCAGCAGUUUUUCCAAGUAUGAAUAAUAAUUAUCCUUUUAAUGUCCUUCAACGAGUUCUCCCAGGGAUGAGACCUAGUGCAAUCGAAAGUUUAUAUUAUAAACUUACUAUGUUCAGAAUUUCGUGAGAAUCGUUAGAACCGUUUUCGAGAUCCGGUGAAAUACAAACAUAUUAUAAACAGAAAUUGCUCGUUUAAUAGUAUAGGAUAAAUACCACAAUAUCAACUUCUCAACUACACAAAAAGCACUGGAAAAUUAUUGCGAAUUGUAAUGAUAGACAAAUAAUUCAACCUCAAAUAGAGCAGGCUAAUAAGGCCGGUUGCAGACGAACCACUAUCGCAUGUGGGAUGUGGGAGCGAUUAUUUUCCAUGUGUUGUACCACAAACGCAGCGCAUAUGAAAUGCAUUGGCAGGCAUGGCAGUGGCACUGAUACUUCCAUAUGGCGUUGCGCGCUGUGGUUGCGAUUGUGGUACCACUGGUUUGAGCACUAAGCUUCCCCCAGCUUCUGUACCACAAUCGCAGUCGCUGUGACUUUGAAAACAGCUGAUAAAAACACCCGAGUAUGAUACAAACCUCUGAAAACUGUUGCACUAAUGCGCGUUUCUCGAAUGUAGUGUGAAAGUCUCUCUGCGUUAGAGCCUGUUCACAUGACAGCGAUUUAUGCUCGGUUGUCGCGCGGUUGACAAACCGAGCGUUUGCUAGGUAUAGGAAAACACAUGCAACGCUCGGUUUGAGCAAUCGCCGGCGAAUCGCGGCGGUUGUAGUCUCCAGUCCAACCGCCCGGUUGUCGCUCUGUUGCCGGGCGGCUCGAUAUACUAGAGCAGGCAUGAGAGUGUACACAUGUCUUCAGUCAAUCGAGCGGUUUCGAGCAGAGCAGUUCACAUAGUGCACAUUCUAUUUCAAUUUCAGUUCAAUUGAAAUUUAUUCUAUUAAAAUUUCCAGUUAGUUUGUAAAGGAUCAUAAUUCAUAGUAGGGUAAACUAGCCCACGUUGGGACACUAAAAUUCAAACAGCUAUAACUUGGACAAAUAUAAAAAAAGUUCUUCAUUUUUUAUUUUAUAUUGAUUGUAUUUGCUUACACUUUCAUGGCAACUGCGAUGAUUGUCUGAUUGUCAAUUGAUUUUCUUAUUGUUAAAACAAGUUUUUUAAAGUAUAAAAAAUUAUAAACUCAAUCUCCCCCAUCAAAACAUAAUCUUUUAGGUUAUUUAGGUACAUAAUGAGCUAUUUUUAGUAAAUUGAAUAGCUUUCUCAAAAAUUGACAUUUUCAUAAAAUUUUGGUUUUAUUCAAUCAACAAUACCAUGCAGAAUAUCUUCUAAAUCUCUUACCGUAUUUGAAAUGUUCUGUUCCAAAAAUGUAAACUUUAGGCGCUCAUAUCUAAAAAAGUAAUGAUCGGAAAAAAAUGUUUUUCUGAGAAAACUUUUCCAUUUUGAUAGCUAGAUGAUAUACAAAUCGAAAAAAAUUGAAAAAUAUCACCAGUAGAAAGUUUAAUUUCAGCCUCUGCCUAGUAUUAACCGAGGGCAAACCGCUCAUGAAUCGCUGUCAUGUGUACGAGGCUGGCAAAUCGAGUGAUUUGCUAACCGCGCGACAACCGAGCGUAAGUCGCUGCCAUGUGAACAAGCUCUUAGUCGUAUUGUUUUGUGGUAUGUCGGUCCCACAUCCUAGAUGCGAUAGUCUGCAACCGGCCGUUGAUAGUCCUAGAUUCGUCUGCAAACGGCCUAGAAAGUAAACAAAAAAUCGGAUACACAAAAGCCAAGCCUCAAAAAAUUAUCUCGAACUAUCUUUAGAAGCCUUUAGCUGUGAUGAUACAUCAAUGUAUGACGACAUGUGUGUGCAUACAUAUGUUCAUCAUGCAUGUCCUGUCGUUAGUGGCCAGCUCAACGGUCCGGUUUUCAACUGUACAGUUGAAAAUGUCCGACAAAACGUAAUCGACCUGAGAGGUAGUGUGUAUUUUAUUCCAAGUUACAAGUGAUAGUUUCUCUAUAAAAGACUGAACCAAUCUUUCAAUCGCCAAAAAUUUGGGCUGGAUAAAAUAUAAAAAAUACAAAAAUAAAUAUUUUUAACGAAUGUAAAUUGUUGUUGAGAUAACAUGGUUCUUUAAUUUGAUUUAUCUUAGGUUUUCUAUUAAAUUAUUUGUAAUGGGUGAUUUAUAAUUGUAACAUAAAAGUUUACUGAAUAUGUUUUGCAUUUGAAAAGUUGAUAUUAUUUUGUUUAUUUAUUUAGUUUGAUAUUGUUUAUAGAGAUACCUAAUUAUAAUUUUUUUAUCAAUUUAUUUACCCAUCAUAAAAAAUAAUUAAUUUCAAUGUACCGUAUUUGAAAUGAUACUGUGGUAAACCUUAAUUAGUAUUGUCUUAUUAAUUCUUGAUUGAAGAAAAAUAUAAUCUAUUUAUAAUUAUUAUAUGUGCAUUGAAUGGAAUAAUUGUGUAGAUAUAGAUGUUAAAUUUUAUACGUAUGAACUUGUAAAAGCAUUUUAUUGUAGAAUACAUAAAUAAUAAUUGUAGUUUGUAGAAAGUAUUAAUGGGGAAGUAUGUUCGUCUAUUUUGUUGUUUAGGAUUAAUAUUAUGAAUAAUGUAGUUGUUAAUAAAAAUGUUGUCAAUGAAAAUUGAUAUAUUAU